AUGGAACAGUUUGAGGAAGAGGAAGAGCAGCAGCCAUCUGAUCAGUCAGACCUGCUCACAGGAAGCCAGGAUCAGGUGGAAGAUGAGGAGAAGCCAAGCCAGGGUCAAGAGGGCAACAGUGGCGAUGAGUGGGACACUGAUCUGGAAACAGACAGUGCCACCGAUCAGAAGCAGAGUCAGUCCCGUGCAGAGCUGUACCUGCAGGCCUGUCAGAGGACGGGCUCAGUUCCUGUAUCCUCCUUUCUCCGUAACUUGGGUGACACCAAUCUCAACCUAAACCACUAUGGUGUAGGACCUCUGGGCACCAAAGCUCUGGCUAUAGUUCUGAAAACUGACAAUACUAUCACCAACCUUGAGCUGGAGGAAAACUCACUUGGGCCCGAGGGGACGCGCUAUCUGACGGAGAUGCUUCAAACAAACAUCACCAUCCAAAGUCUGAAUCUUUCCAACAACCAGCUGGGCCAAGAAGGAGCGUACACCAUCUCCAAAAUGCUGUCAGAAAAUUACUGUGUCAAAUCCCUCAAACUUUCAGGAAAUGAUUUUGAUGAUGUUGCAGCAAAAUAUUUAGCUGAUGCUUUAAAGGGAGACUAUGUGAUCACAGAGCUGGACCUCAGCCACAACAUGUUCAGUUUUACAGGAGGACAACACCUGGGCCAUAUGUUAGCUGCAAAUGUAGGUAUUGAAGUCCUAAACCUGAGCUGGAACCCCCUUCGUCUGGGGGGUGCUAUGGCUGUUAGUGCAGGGCUGAAGGUAAACUCGACUCUGAAGCAGCUCGAUCUGUCGUGGAACGCUUUCGGCCAAAUGGAGGCAGAGUCACUGGGUCAGGCCCUGAAAAACAACCGGACGCUGGUGCUGCUGGACCUCAGCGGUAACCAUGUGGACGAUCAGGCUGUGACACUUCUCUGCCAGGGUCUGAUCACCAACGACACCCUCGGGACCCUCAAGCUCUCACAAAACCCCCUGACGAAUAUCGGAGCUCUCACGCUGCUAAAAACGGUCAAAAACAUGAAAUCAGCCUUGGAGGAGAUUGAUAUUUCUACGGUGUUUGUGAAUGAGGAGUUUGUGGAGCUGCUGGAAGUAGCCCGUCAGAAGCGUCCUGCUCUGGAUGUUCGGCACAGCGCCAUGAGCUACGUCACCAGGAACCUAUCUGCCCUCCAGAUCUUACGGAAAUUCCUAUCAGAGCGAAAUGAGAGCAUUAUGGAUUUCUUUGAAGCUUUGGAUAAAGAAGGAACAACCAACGUCUCCACCUCAGACUUCAGAAAGGCUGUGAAGGCAGCGAACAUACCUCUGGAUCAGCAGCAGCUCGAGUGGUUGCUCAGGAAGUUUGACAAGAACUGCACCUCCACCAUUAUGUACAGUUUGCUGAGCUGUCGUAGAAACAGAGGAUGA